AUGGAGCCGCAGACGCUCGGGGAGUCUGUGCCUCCGCCUCCUGGCGCCUCGGGGUCGCCGCCGCCGGACGAAGAGGAGCGCUCCGAGGGCGGCGAACCGCGGGCGGCGACUCCCGAGGGCGCACCGGGGGACAGCACGGGUGCAGACGGGCUGUGGGAGCUGCCGGUGGAGCACGCGGAGCGCAGGCCCGAGUGCAGCCGCUGCAGCCGGCCCCAGAAAGUGUGCCUAUGUCCAUAUCUACCAGUGCAUCCACUUCAGAUCUCCACCCAUUUGUAUAUAAUCCAGCACCCAGCAGAGGAAAGCAAAGUGCUGCGCACAGUCCCUCUGCUAGCAGCAUGCCUUCCUCCAGACAAAUGCACAGUCAAGAUCGGCCGACGCUUCAGUGAAGAGCGAGAUGUUGAACUUGCAACUGUUUGCCGGGACUCUGGGACAUUAAUAUUAUAUCCAGGGGCUGAAGCUACUAAUUUGGAAGAAUUUAUAUUAGAUUAUCCUACUUAUCCUUCCACAAUCAUCCUCAUUGAUGGUACAUGGAGCCAGGCUAAGGACAUUUUCUAUAAGAAUUCCUUGUUCCGACUUCCCAAACAGGUGCAGUUAAAAACUAGCGUGUGUAGUCAGUAUGUAAUUCGGAUGCAACCAACCAACAGGUGCCUUUCCACUCUGGAGUGUGCUGCUGUUGCUCUUUCCAUCUUGGAGAAAAACAGUUGCAUACAAGAGACUCUGCUUCGCCCUCUUCAAGCUCUGUGCUCUUUCCAGCUUCAGCAUGGUGCUCAGAUUCGCCUCAGCAAGGAGUAUCUUCUGAAAAAUGGAUUAUAUCCCAAGCCAAUGCCAAAGAACAAACGUAAACUCAGGAAGAUGGAGCUGUUAAUGAACAGUGUCAAAAUUUAACACUGUUGUCCCUGUGUCGAUAGUUUACCUGUCACUGGCUGACAGGACGGUGUUACAUCUUCCCCAGUUUAGGUUUUUACUCUGAAGAAGGAAUGUUGUUGGCCCAUUCUUGUGCUGACAGACGAGGUCUGCUCUACAGCAUCUUAUGGUUCACUUCCAUUGACUGUGAAAAGCAGUCUCACACUGUCUCUAUUCUCUGUGUAGCCUGUAGACCAGGCUGGCCUCAAAUUCAGAGAUCUGGCUGCUUCUGCCUCCCAAGUUCUGGGAUGAAAAGCAUGUACCACCUCUGUCCAGCUACCGUAUUUGCUUUUAAACAUGUGCUUCCAAUACAUUUUUUUUUUAAAAAAGAUCUAUUCAAAAUACAAUUACUUGUUAGUCUAGAGUAAGGACCUGUUGUUUGUAAACUGAGGAAAAUUGUGUCUGGGAACAUGUUCCCGUCAGUAUUUAUAAAUACGUAGGUAUAAAUCAGUGAUGGCAUAUAUCCCAUGAAACUAAUGUUUCAGCCUAGUGAACGAAAUUCUGAGUGUGAAGUGACACCGAGUGCUGUUUAUUUUAUUAAGUAGUGUAAAGGAACAGGAAAACUUUAAUGUUUAGGAUUGUAUGUGUACUCAGAGAAUGUGACUUACAUCUUCUGUUAUUGUGUGAAUUCCUAUGGAGUCCAUUUAAUUUUGAAAUAGCCUGCAUUCUCAAUUGAGAUGCUGUGCAUAAGUUUCAGUUUUCCAGUUAUCAUUGAACAAGUUAAAUGGUGGUAAAAGGGUUUUGAUGAAGUUUCUACAUAGAAAUAACUGAAGGAAAUUAUAAUACAGCUAUCAUUUUCAGGACAUAUUUCUAUAAGUAGCUCUACUUACAUUUUUUUUUUAAAGAGAAAAAACUUUCAGUGUGGAAGAUACAUUCCCUCACCUUAUUUGAGAAUAUUUACUGAUAUUUUGUAUAGUAUAAGAGAUAUUUAUACAUUUUAUAUUUAUAUCCAAAUUACAGUUAAGCAUACACUUUGGCAAGAUCAAGUUAUUUCAUUUUGAUUGUUGUUCAUGAUUGCUAAAAUUUCCAGAAUCCAGUGUGAAAGUGAAAGGAAAAACUAAGCAUGCAUUUUAGUGGUGAUUUUGAUAAAAAUCUCUGUAUGUUGCAUGAACAUACACCAGUUUCUGAUUUUUUUUUUGUUGUUGUUGUUGUUUUG